AUGAGGUACUCUUGCGUUCUCCUAUUCCUGGCCCUGUUCGGCUGUGUCCUGGUGCGACAGACCAGUGCACAGACCACGACCACAACCUCCGCAUCGGCCACAACCGUUGCAGCCACCACAACCGCGGCAGCCACCACAACCGCGGCAGCCACCACAACCGCAGCAGCCACCACAACCGCUGCAGCCACCACAACCGCAGCAGCCACUACAACAGCUGCAGCCACAACCACUGCAGCCGCAACCACUACAGCCAGUGCCACUACCGCCGCCACCACUCCCUCAAAACCAGCCGGCAAAGUGACAAUACGCCGCAGGAGAGGCAAGAAGAACAAACCCAAUGUAACGAUCGUCCGCAAGCACCGCAAGAAGAACAAGGGCAAGAAAAACAAAUGGAGCAAAUGGGGCAAGAAGUGGUAA